AUGCACACAUUCUUUGAUAAUAACGAGGACGAGUGCCCUUAUUAUUAUUUUGAUGGUUCAUAUAAAACUUUAUUGGGAGCUCUUCUUAUUAUUUUUGGUGUGUUCGGGGUGCUCCUUAACGUUUGGCUGUACGCCACUUUCAUACACAGUCAUCUCCUCAUAUUAAAGAGUCACAUGCUGAUACUAAAUCUAUGUUCAGCAUCACUCGGUAGAAAUUUACUUGGAUUUCCCUUUGCGGGAUCAUCGGCGAUAGCAAAAAGAUGGUUAUUUGGUUCAGCAUGCUGCCAAUUAUUUGCUUUUCUGAACCAGUUUUUUGGUGUCUUUCAAAUGAUUGCUUUAUUUGCAAUAGUACUGGAAAGAUAUUUGCUUGCAAAAUGUUAUAGGCGAGAAAGAACUGUCCACUUUAGGUACUAUUGGACACUUAUUGGAGGAUGUUGGAUGGUGGCAGUGUUCUUUGCUAUACCUCCAUUAUUUGGCUAUGGACUUUAUUCCUGUGACGCAACAGGUACAGUCUGUACCUUCUUAUGGCCCUCACUUAAUUCUGGUGCGAAACAAUUGGGUUUCAGUGUACCUUACGUCAUCAUAUGUGGAAUUUUGCCUAUUGUUGGAAUAUUUUAUUACAUGGGAAAAGCAAUUCGCUUAGAGAAAAUUUAUUAUAGGAACGAACAACAAAGAGAAGAACGACGUCUGACAAAGUGUAUUCACAUUAUAUGUGUGACAACAUUGGCUUUAUGGAUCCCGGCUGCUAUACUGGCAGGUUGGGAAUGGCUUCCGUUACUGAUGUUCGGAUACCGCCCACAUGUACCUCAAGUUCUAGCAGUAAUAGCGCCUGUAGCUACAGAGGCGGCUACGAGCGUCCCUGUCUUAUGUUACCUCAGUGCUGACGAAAGGGUACGAGCGUCGUUAUUAGGCCGUAUGCGAAAACAAUACGCAUUGUUGCAUCCAGAGCGUGCCAAGCUAUACAAAAGGAGUUUAUAUUAA